AUUAUUCUUUUUAUACGAGAAUAAAGUAAAAUAUAGAGACAAUUAUUGUGUACUAUUAGAGAUAUCUUAAAUGCAUGUAAUAGAUGCAAUGUGAAUAUAGCCAUGUAAUGACGUAAGAAUAGUAAUUAGUAGAUGGCAAGUAGUUAUCAUUUGAUUAGUCAAUUAUUAUCAUUAGAUUUGAUUCAGAAAUAAGUUAGCUGCCUAAGCUGCCACGUGGGGGUGGCAAACGUUGGAUGCUCCGUGGGGCGGCAAUGGUGGACUCCGCGUUCGUGUCACGUGGCCUUCUCUUUGAUUCAAACGAGUACAAUGGAGAAUGGCACGCGCCGUGUGUUCGAGCGUGAGUGCACUGAUCCAAUUAAGAAUAGUUUUGUAAAGAGACAAUUAGCCAAACACCUGAAUCUAAGAGUAUGUUUAUUGCAGGUUUUUUAGGUUAAGUUUUUAUCGUAAUAUAAAGUUUCUUAGUUUUUAAUUAAAAACUUGAAUAAUAAUUUAUCGGAACAAGUUACAAAAUUUUGGAUGGAUUUACAAAAAUUAAAAUUAUUAUGAUUUUUGUUUCUAUCUUAGGAACUUAAACCAUUAAACUUUGGUGGUAUGUUAAUAAAAUUUGGUUCUAAAACACCAAAUGAGUAUUUGAAACGUUAAUUGUUGGGAUGUACAUUAAUCUGCUAAAAUCUACUAAUUAAAUAUGUAAAAUAAGAAAUUUUUUAAGAUAUCAAUUUUAUAGUUUUUGUCACAAAAAUAACAUUCAAUGAAAAAAAUGACCAAAAUAAAUUUUAUUAGACUCAAAAAAUAUAUUUUAUUCUAGAAUUAACUAAUCUAAAUUUAAGGUUUAGAGUUAAGGGGCAAAGUUUUGGGAUAGAGUUUCAAAUUUUAAAAAGUAAAUAUUAAAAAUUUCAAAAUAAAAAGAGUUUUGGUUUUAUCUGAGUUUAUCUGAGAGUAUCUGAGUUUCAGAUUAAUAAAAAUUAUGGAUUUAUCUGAGUUUUUCCUUUUCCUUAAAAAAGGAAGAAUGUAUUCCAAAAAUUGACCUUAUUCCUAAAACAAAAAGUUAAGGCUGCAACUGGAUUGACCAUUUUUGGAAUGGAAUGUUUUGGAAUGAUCAAUUCCAUUAAUUCCAUAAAAAAAUUUACCAUUUAACAUGAAUGGAAUGGAAUGCUCAUUCCAUCAAUUCCAAAAAAAUCUAAUCAAAAUACAAAGUAAAACAUUCCAAAACAAUUUUGAUAAGGAACAAAUGGAAUGAAUCCAUUCCAUUUUUCUACUGCAUUCCAUUCAUCUUAUUCCAUCCCUUUUUAUUCCAUGUAUUCCUUUCUUGAUUUACCAGUUACAGCCUAAAACCUCUAGUGGGUGGGCUUAUUCCAAAUCACUAAGUCUCCGGUGGAUAUGUAUAUAUAUAUAAUACACACAAUGCAAGGAUGAAUCAGAUAUAGAGAGCGAUAGAAAAAAAUUGAGCUCUGAGGAAAGAAAAUAAAGAUGAUAGAAAUCAAAGUGAAGACUCUGACAGGUAAAGAAAUAGGAUUUGAGAUUGAUCCAGUGGACACAAUUGCUAGAAUCAAGGAAAGAAUUGAAGAAAUAGAAGGGAUUCCUCCUCUUCAACAAAGGAUCAUCUACACUGGUAAACAACUUGCUGAUGACCAAACCGCCAAACAUUACAACGUCGAACGUGGUUCUGUUCUUCAUCUUGUUCUUGCUCUUAGAGGUGGGUUUUGAUGUUCUAAUACCCUAUUCAGUUUACGGCUAUAAACUAGGGUUUUGAUCUAGUUUUUUUUUUGGUGCAAAGGUUUUGAUCUUUUUUAAUUGUUCUUUUGCUAAUCGAUCGGUUGUUUAUGUCUAUUGACUAUUGGUUUGUCUUUUUUCGGUUGGAUUUGUUGAUAUUAAUUGACGCUGUUCAUGGAAAUCUCUCCUCAUCUAAUGGCAAACAAACAAAAAAACAAUAUCAUAUUGGUUAUUUUCUUCAUUAAUUGUUGUUAAUAUGGGAGUGUUACUCACCAGAAACAUCGAUAAUAUCAGAUUUGUUGUUGAAACCUCAAAACCCUAACUACUAAAAAUCUGUUUGUUACGUAUAAGCUGCAUGUGUUAUAGUUCUAUACGAAUUGCCAAAUUUUGUGAGACGAUAAGAUCUGAAAAUCAUCCAGCUCACACCAAACUAGAAUGUCGAACCAUGUACUAUCUUCAUCAAUCGCACAACCAAAACCAUGUAUUCAUGACAGAAACUCAACUCGAACGUGUCAACUUUUAAGGGAUUACAAUGCCGGAAAAAAAAGGAUAAAAAAGGAUCCCUCGUUAAGAGGUUACAUAAAGAACCAUCUCAAUAUAACCGAACGGCCAAAAAGAAAAAAAA